CCCUGGGAGCGUGGGCAGGGCUGCCGGGGGCUUCCGUGGGCUCGGCCUCUCCCACCUCGGGAGGAAAAAGCAGGGGGAAGCCCCCGGCGUCCGCUGCCUCCUUAGAGCCGCGGAAUCCCGAGCGGUGCAGACGCUGAAGACGCGGCCGGGCGGGGCCCCCGUGCGUCUAGCCUGUCGCCGUCCGUGUCCGGAGCGGCGGCCGGCGUCCCCAGUUCGGCGCCCCGGGUUCCCAGUCCCGGGCUGUAGAGACUCCACCCUGCCGGGCGUGGGCGACGGCUGGCCAGGGGCGCACAGAGCAGCCGGCCAGGGGCCUCGCCGCGGCCUCCAGCGCCCUAGCCCCGGGGAAUGCAGCGGCCCCCGACCCGUGGCGCCUCUCGGUGUCUGGGCUGGGCCUCCUCGCUUGCUUGCUCAGUGGCCGCGACGCUCCUGGGCCGCACCGGCCCGGCCCGCCUCAUGGCAGCCAAGUGGUUCAAGGAGUUCCCCCUGAACCUGAAGACUGUGUCGGAGCGGGCCAAGCCCGGGGGCGGGGGCAGCGGCAAACUGCGCAAGAACUCGGAGGCGGGGGCCGCCGGGCCCACCCCAGGAAAGGGCCGCAAGAACUCGGCGGCCGAGCUGGGCAGUGGCAAGGUCGCUGGCGCCCCCCCUAAGGACAGCCGCCUGUCCCGCGACAGCCUGCAGGGUCUGAUUCAGGCCGCGGCGGGCAAGGGUCGCAAGAACUCCCGGGCCACCGAGGAGGAGCCCCACCGGGGCACGGCCAAGAGCUCGGGCUGCAGCACCUACAUCAACAGGCUCAUCAAGGUGGACACUCAGGAGAAGAAUGGGAAGAGCAUCUACCCUGGCAGCAGCAGUAGCAGCAGUAGCAGUAGCAGCAGCAGCUCCUCUUCCUCUGAAUCCUCUUCCCCUUCCUCCCUGGGUCCUGAGCUGGACAAGGGCAAAAUUCUAAAGCAGCAAGAUGCGGUCAUAAUUUUAGAAGACUAUGCUGACCCUUAUGAUGCCAAACGGACAAAGGGCCAAAGGGAUGCAGAGAGAGUAGGUGAGAAUGAUGGCUACAUGGAACCCUAUGACGCCCAGCAAAUGAUAACAGAAAUCAGACGCAGAGGCUCCAAAGACCCCCUGGUGAAAGCUCUUCAGUUGCUUGACAGCCCCUGCGAGCCAGGGGAGAAUGGCACAAAGUCAGAGACUAUGGCUAAGAGGCGAAGUUCCAAGGACCUCCUGGGGAAGUCACCACAACUCUACGACACCCCCUAUGAGCCAGCUGAGGGAGGCCCUCGGGCAGAGGCCAAGGCACGGCCCACAGACAGCCGGCUGCCUGAAGACGAUGAGAGGCCAGCAGCAGAGUAUGAGCAACCCUGGGAGUGGAAGAGGGAGCAGAUUGUGCGUGCCUUGUCAGUCCAGUUUGAAGGAUCUGAGCGACCUUCCAUCAGGGAGGAGACAACAAGGCAGCACCACCGGCAGAAGAGCUGGACCCAGAAGAUCCUGAAGCCAGCCCUGUCAGACCACAGCGAGGGCGAGAAGGUGGACCCCAGCCUGCCCCUGGAGAAGCAGCCUUGGUAUCAUGGCACCAUCACCCGGGCUGAGGCUGAGAAUCUACUACAACCAUGCAAAGAAGCUGGUUACCUGGUUCGAAAUAGUGAGUCAGGAAACAGCAGGUACUCCAUUGCCCUGAAGACUAGUCAAGGCUGUGUCCACAUCAUAGUGGCUCAGACAAAAGACAACAAAUACACACUGAAUCAGACAAGCGCUGUGUUUGACAGCAUCCCUGAAGUGGUACACUAUUAUUCGAACGAAAAGUUGCCUUUUAAAGGAGCAGAACACAUGACCCUUCUCUACCCUGUACACAACAAGCUUCACUAAGCUUCAGCCAAGAGCCUUGGGCCUCUGACACCAAAGAGGGCAGCAGCACCCAACCGGCAUUUCAGUGGACUAGGUGGACUAUGCCUUAUACCUACUGCCAAGUGGGACUAAAAGUCAGGAAGUCUGUGGUCUUGAAUCCAUUUCAGGAUGCUUAGUUUGUGACCUGUCCUUUUCUCCAUGCUAAGUAGCUGCGCUGUAAGGUAGCAUAACUUACCUGUUGCCUCCUUUUUUGGAGUAGGAGAUUCUGUUUGGGAAGUGACCCUCAGAAAAGGUAAGUCUAGAGUUUGGGAGCAUUGAGGUUCUCCAGCAGUGUGCUAGUUUUCCUAAACAAACCAACAGAACACCACUUGGAUUUUACAUGGGAUCGUGUGGACCCAGAGCGUGGCAUGUUGAACCCCUUAUGGGGAAGUGGAUGGACAGUGGGAAAUGUGAAUGAUAGGCAAGAAAGCUGUCUUUCUUCCUCCAGUAUCCUAAUUCAACUCUGGCCUUUAUGCAGAUUCACAACUCUGGAGUCUGGCCAAAGGAUUAUUUUGUUGGUGAGCCUUUUUAAGAAAAAUUUCUGUUUUCUUAAUCUUCAUGGAGUUUUCAUUUUCCAGCAAUCAAUAUAAGCAUAAAUUGGAAGAAAAAUACCACAGAUUUAGGAAUCACCAAUAUAAU